AUGCGGCGUUUCAGAACUGUAUUCCGGUCCAAAUCAGACACCCCCAAUCUUGCUUCGUCUCGUUCUAUAUGGCCACGGAGGCAUCGUUCGUCUGAGGGAGAUCCAGUGAAGCCCCAGGCAGGAGCCACUUCACAGGAGGUCACAGAUGAUGAGCAGCGUCCAGCUACAUCGGAAUCUGGCGGGACUCGAGUAAAGCCUACUUCUUCGGCUGCAGUAGCAUCCCCCGAUAACAAUGCCGGCAAAGGCGAGUCCAAUGCUCAGCCUGCCGAAGAGACUGUUGACCUGUCCCGAUCCAAAAAUGGCACCAAACGAUUGAAGAAAAUGGUGGCUCGUUUUCGUGGCAGCUCAUCCCAGGAUGAUGAGCCCAUCGCGGAACCACAGGGUCAAACCGAGCAGCGUGAUACCCGCAAAGGAAGACCGACUGCCAAACCAUUGAGCUCCAACCCUUUCGAACCUGAAGCCGCGACAGGUUCUAACACAGCUGGCAAGUCUGUCAGGUUCAAUGACCCGAAAGAGAGGCGGAAGACCAGCGGUCAGACGACUCAUUCCCAGGACUCCAGCCAGACCGAGGAUACUGUCUGCCGAGAUAGUUCUCAACAUAUUUCGAUGCCGAUUCCAGAACCCUGGGAUGAGUGGGGUUGGCCAGGACUGAUGCUGUAUGGGCCCGAAGAACGCCGCCGUGUCCCAGAGGGUUCGGAUCCGUUCUCAGAUGGAAAAGCCACCGACAUCCAAUCAACAAGGCCUGGGUCUUCAAGACACAGUGCAGGCACGAGCCGAGAUGAGUCGAGAACUUCUGAAGGGACGCUAGAGCCCAUUCCCGAGAUUGAUGUCGAUGCAAUCGAGCCGGUCAUUGAACCAAUCCAAAGCCAGACUUCGAACGACCAGAAAACAGACUCAACCAGCAGUCAAAAAAGUCGAGUAAGUUGGAGCAGCACACUUGAUGCGCCCAAGGCUAUCAUGGCUUUCAAUCGGAUGGCAGUUCAAUUUGGUAUUCAAAUUUCCAUUCCAGUCGAGGAUGCUGCAGUUAGCCCACCAGCAAGCAGUCCAGCCCCAGAGGAGGAAGAUACAAGUCGUCGCGGGUUUAAAUUUUUGGGCAAAGUUCGCAAGGUGCGAUCAUCCAAUUUGGCAACCGAUACAGCACCUUUGGCACCAACUCCUAAGUUGCGACGGAUAAAGACGUUCGCGAAUCUUCACCGUCCUGGUUCUAGUGCAAUGACUUCAUUGCAAGGACGAUCGGUCGAGACUUUGGCUCGUCUUGGAGGACAUGGCUAUCUCAUGCUUGUGGAUCUAGCUCCUUGUCCAGUGCAGCUGCCUGCGUGUAUUGUAGCGACACUAAUGUUUCUGCACAAAUAUGGUCUGAACACUCCCGAUUUAUUCUUACAGCCUGGGGACCUGAGAGCGGCUGUUCGCAUGUACGACCAUUUUGCUGACCAGGUACUUACAGCGGAGAAAGAUGAGGCCAAAAUUGCCUUCACUAUGCGUGUGGUUGCGAUGCCUACACUCAGUGAGGACGCAGCACCGGUACUAAGUGUGGCCUGGGCAUUGAAAGCAUUGUUGGCGGGCCUUCCAAACGGGAUCCUCGGGAGUGUCCGGCUCUACCAGAUCUUCAGGGCCAUGUACUUCCACUCGAUUCCCAAUCAAUCGCAUCUGCUCCGUGUGCCGGAUUGUAUCUCGGAGGCAAGCCCAACCACUGCAGCGCGGGUGCAGCUUAUCUGCCUGGCGCUUAUUGCAUUGGCAACUGAGAUGCAGCGCGAUCUUAUCUGUGCAGUAUUCGGCCUGCUUUCCUUACUGGUGCAUGAGUCCGAGGGCCAGGUCGAGGGCCAGGUCCAGGGCCAGGAAUCCGGGAUGGAGCUCCGUGAGCCACUGUCGAACCCGAACUUCCAUGAUUUGGCUCGGGCGUUUGGACCGCUCCUCCUCGGGUCCAGGGGGCAAGAGAACCAAGAUGGGACGGGCAAAGUGGAGCAGGAGAUCAAUGAUCAACGCGUGGCGGGGCUGUUACUCAACAACUGGCAUUUUGUGCACCGACAGCUGCGACACUGGACAAGUGGACGAUACGUACUGAGCAAGGAGUAG